CUAUUCAUGUGCAUAAAUUUGUUCGUGAACAAUUAUAUCUUCAAUAACCUAAAAGAGAAAAGGAACAAAACUUCCGUUGCUUCUCUUUUAAUUUGCCUUUUAUUCUGAUCCCUUUAUUUAGACGUGAACGAAUUGCAUUUUAUGUCUUUAAGUGCUGGCAUAGUGUAGUAACGCCUUCUCUGAAGUUCAGCAAGUACCACAUCUGGCAGCAUUGCAUCACUGCGAAUGUCCCGGAUUUGGGAGAAGCAGAAGUUUCUCCGGAGCUCCAGUCGCCGACGCUAUAAAUACUUUAAAUCGGGAGUUAAAUGCCUUUCUCGCAACUUUUUGUGAAGACACAAGCGAGUCGAGAGUGAUGUGAAUUCAGCCUGAGACAAAAAGCAAAGAUCGCGCAGCAGGAGUGAGAAGUGAGAGGAUUACAGAGGGGACAAGAUGCCAGUGCCCCCACCACCGCCUCCACCUGCUCCUCCACCAACAUUCGGCUCGGCGAACACAGAAAAGCCGGCCCUCAACAAGUCUGAACAGCAAGGAAGAAAUGCACUGCUCUCAGACAUCACGAAAGGAGCACGGCUUAAGAAGGCGGUAACCAAUGACAGAAGUGCCCCAAUACUCGACAAACCCAAAGGAGGAGGAGGAGGAGGAGGAGGAGGUGGAGGAGGUGGAGGAGGGGGUGGUGGUGGAGGGUUUGGGGGAGGAGCUGCUGGAGGGCUGGGUGGGCUCUUCCAGGGCGGGAUGCCGAAGCUGAGAUCUGCAGGGAACAGAGACAAUAACGACUCUGGAGCUGCCAGGCCUCCCAUGCUGCCUCCGGGUGGUAGAUCUCCUGGACCCAAAGCCUUUGGUGGGGGUGCGGGCGGCCCUCCACGGCUGCCUGGAGCUCCCCCUGUCCCACGGGGUGGCGCACCCGACCUACCCAAACCCCGUGCUACUCCCCCGAGACCUGAGCCAGGUGGGGGACCACCCCCAGUGCCCAAUACUCCUCGUCCCGGUCAGGGCAGCUUUCAGAACAGAGGCCCGCCUCCUCUUCCUGGAGGAGGCCGGCCCCCAAGCUCCGCCCCAACCCCCACCCCUGCAAGCCUCCACGGGCGCCCCGGCCUGCCCCCCACCCCAGGGGGGGGCCCGGUCAGUCGCCAGUCGUCCAUCUCUGGACCUGGUGGCGGGCGUCCCCCUCUCCCCCCAGCCCCUGGUAGGUCCUCAGAUGACCGCCCCCCUCCUGUCCCAGGAAGUAACAGACCGUCCAUGCCCCGGGACGGCCCCCCUCCUCCACCCCCCUCUAUGAAUAACAAGCCCAUGCCCCCACCAUCAUCCCGACCUCCCGCUAGCAAUGCCCCCCCGCUGCCCCCUGGCAGACCGGGUCCCCCGCCGGUCCCCCCCACACCCGGCAGCGACGAGCCCACCCCCCGGCUGCCCAUGAGGAACCUGUCCCUCAACUCCCACGCCCCCGCCACCUCGCCCAGCCGCGGCUCCCUGCCCCCCCCUCCCAAUGAGAGGCCGCCCCCGCCGGGCAGAAACCCACCAGGCCGCACAGGUCCCCUCCCGCCCCCACCUCCGGGGUCCAGGGGCGGAGGAAGCGUGAGGUCAUCGCCAGCCCCUCCCCCGCCGAUGCGACCAGAAACCGAGCCUCCCCGAGGAGGGGGACACAGACCGCCCCUCCCGCCCGACCGGACAGGAGGAGGGGGCCCCCUGCCUCCCCCGCCCCCCAUGGGGAACGGAUUCCAGAACUGCCAUCCCCCUGCGGAUGACUGGGAGAGCAGGUUCUCCUUCCACCCGCUGGCGGACCUGCCCCCGCCAGAGCCCUACGUGCCCUUUCAGAAGACCUACCCCAGCAAGAUGGCCAAAAACGAGAACAGAGGCUCCGGAAAGAAGGAGAGGGGCGCGCCUCCGCUGCCACCCAUCCCGAGGUGAAGGGAGGCCAGCUGUCCCAGAGGAACGGUCGCUUUUGGACCUCCGCCCCAACCCCCGGUCCUGUCCCUUGUCACUGCCCCCUCCCCUCCC